AAACGUCACUGGCCACUUUUGUUGCCAAAAGCAUAAAACGCUCAAACGUUAGCUGGCCACUUUUGUUGCCAAGAGCAAAUGGCGCGAAACGCUGUCGUCUAUGCCCCAUAUCUUUAGUGCGGUUACUCGUAUCGACUUGAAACUUUCGUUGAUACUUCUCAGAUAUAGGCCGUAUAACUUUAUUUACACGGCUCUUCUCUAGCAACGUGUUUAAAAUAAAAAAAAAAUGUCGAACGUCACAAUUUUCUGCGCGUUUCGUGAGUUUGUUUUUUUUCAAAGUGCUUGAACUGUUUUUAAUUGUAAUUAUGAAGUAAGUAAUUGUUUUUUACAUAUUUAUAUACCAAAAUGAUCGUUAGAAUGUGUUCUUUCCUGUAGUGUUAAAAUAUCAAGAUUUCAUUUAAAAUUCAACUCGCAUGAUUCUUUCCAAAUUCUGUCGUUCCCGUCCAAGACAGUUACAAUUUCUCGAUUUAAUUUUUACAAUAAAAUGUUGUUUUGAACUGAAAUAUAGUUGAAAUGCAAAACAAUGUUUAAUAUAUAUUACUUUUCAAUCAUUCGCAGCUCAUUUAAUGUAAAUUUCGAGACGAUUACACUAUUUUUGCAAAACAACUCAAUUUCAAAAAAAUAACGGACUAUUUUAGGCCAAAUAAGUGGGCUUACAAACCCGUGUAGGAAUAAAAAUGCAUAACGGUUUUCGUUGUUUCUGUUUGAUAUUAAAUAUCUAUUGUCUUCAUCGUGUUUCGGCAUUUAUAAUUUUUAUAAUUCUAAACAAAUACUGGGGAGUUAGAAAUAGUAUAUUUUUAACCUGUCUCUCACUGGGGUAGGCAGAGACCACAUGUUUUAACCUAAUUUCUUUAAUUUGUUUGGGUCUUAAAAAAGCGUACAUACAUACUAACACACCUGUCUCCCACUGGAGUAGGCAGAGACUACGGACUGUAAAUGCGCCUGCAUCUAUAAAUUUGAAUUUAAUAUUUUAGCCCAACGUAUGAUGAAGAGAUGGUGCGUGGUCGUGGUCGCGGCCGUGGCCGUGGCCGUGGCCCUGGACCUGGCCGUAGCCGUAGCCGUGGACCUGGACGUGGUCGAGGUCGUGGGCGAGGCCGCGAUUUAAAUGAGAGCGGCCCUAGCGGUGGCAGAGAAAAUAGCUUGCCUGCAAGCGGCAGUCAGGUCCAUCGGAUCAUCCUGCCUGACGCGCCUGCUAGGAAGCGCCGUGCGCGGUAUCCAUCACCAGACCGAGCAGACGUCGUGUUCCUGCCGGCUGGGGGAUUAACCGACUGACUGACUAACUAACUGACUGCAUCCCAUUCCCUUCUUUCUGUAGUGAAUUAUGCCAAGUACAAGUCCGACCAUGCACGGAGUAUUGCUAGCAUACCAAACUUAUUGUUUUUCGAAUUGACUUCAUCCUUUGUCCUUGUAUCAAGUAUAAUGUGUAUAAAACACGCAAGAAAAUAAUGUAUACUUCUUACUUAACUUAUUAUUAUUAAUUUUGUAGCAUCAGGGGCACUUGUAUCACCCAAAGCUCUGCCUACCCAUAUGUAGGAACAUAUUAUUUACAGUCAACGACACAUCAGAUUACACAUUUUUGUUCAAAAAUCGCCUCCAUUACAACGGAAUAAGAUACACUUAUUAUUUAUUGUACACCAAAACAUAGAAACAAAUACAAAAACAAUUAAAUG